GCCGGAGCGGCUCUUCAGCGUUUGCGCCGGCGGCCGCCGCGUCUGGCUCGGCUCCCCCUUUCCUCUGACCCCCGGCCCAGCGGCGCCCGCCUCCUCCGCGGCCACUCCGCCUCUCCCCACCCGCCGUUCCCUUCCUCCUCUCCCUUCUUCCUUCCUCCUUCCCCUCCACACCGGCCCCGUCGCCGCCGCCGCCCAGGACCGCCGGCCGGGGGACGAGCUCCGGGCAGUAGCCAGGAGUUUCCUAACCACAUAACCUCUUAGAACUGAACCAAAACAGCGUUAUUCCUGGAGCACCUCUUUUUAAGGUAGAACUUUAGACUUCAUAGCACUGAAUUAACCUGCACUGAAAGCUGUUUACCUGCAGUUGUUCACUUUUGUUGAAAGUGACCAUGUCUCAAGUUCAAGUGCAAGUUCAGAACCCAUCUGCUGCUCUAUCAGGGAGCCAAAUACUGAACAAGAACCAGUCUCUUCUCUCACAGCCUUUGAUGAGUAUUCCUUCUACUGCUAGCUCUCUGCCCUCUGAAAAUGCAGGUAGACCUAUUCAAAACUCUGCUUUACCCUCUGCAUCUAUUACACCCGCCAGUGCAGCUGCAGUUCCUUCUAGUAUGGCACACCCCAAAGAGAAAACCCCAAUGUGUCUUGUGAAUGAGUUAGCCCGUUUCAACAAGAUUCAGCCUGAGUAUAAGCUUUUGCGUGAGCAAGGUCCAGCUCACUGUAAGGUGUUUACAGUACAGCUAACCCUUGGAGAUCAGCACUGGGAAGCUGAAGGAACUAGUAUUAAAAAAGCCCAGCACACAGCUGCUGCCAGAGCUUUGGAAGAAACAAAAUUUCCUAAACCCAUAGUCCGCCCUUUUCGUAGCGAAGGAAGGAAUCCAGAAAGCAUAACCCCUACUGUAGAGCUAAAUGCACUGUGCAUGAAACUUGGAAAAAAACCAAUGUAUAAGCCUGUCGACCCUUACUCUCGGAUGCAGUCCACCUAUAACUACAACAUGAGAGGAGGUGCUUAUCCCCCAAGGUACUUUUACCCAUUUCCAGUACCACCUUUACUUUAUCAAGUUGAGCUUUCAGUGGGAGGACAGCAGUUCAAUGGGAAAGGAAAGACGAGGCAGGCUGCAAAACACGACGCUGCUGCGAAAGCCUUGCGGACCCUGCAAAGCGAGCCCCCGCCCGAGAGGCUGGAGGCGAGGCGGGCAGGUGAGCAGGUGAAUGGAAGAGAAUCAGAAGAAGAAAAUCUCAAUAAAUCUGAAAUAAGUCAAGUGUUUGAGAUUGCACUUAAACGGAACUUGCCUGUGAAUUUUGAGCCCAGCUUAGCUCAGGUUGCCCGGGAGAGCGGCCCCCCCCACAUGAAGAGCUUCGUGACCAAAGUGUCGGUUGGGGAGUUUGUGGGGGAAGGUGAAGGGAAGAGCAAGAAGAUUUCAAAGAAAAAUGCUGCCAUAGCUGUUCUUGAGGAGCUGAAGAAGUUGCCACCUCUGCCCACAGUGGAGCGAGUGAAGCCCAGAAUCAAAAAGAAAACAAAAUCCAUAGUCAGGCUACAGAGCAGCACAGAGUAUGGCCAGGGGGUGAACCCGAUUAGCAGGCUGGCCCAGAUCCAGCAGGCGAAAAAGGAGAAGGAGCCGGAGUACAUGCUCCUGACGGAGCGAGGCCUCCCACGCCGCAGAGAGUUCGUGAUGCAGGUGAAGGUGGGAAACCAUACUGCGGAAGGAACCGGCACCAAUAAGAAGGUGGCCAAACGCAAUGCAGCCGAGAACAUGCUGGAGAUCCUCGGUUUCAAAGUCCCACAGGCUCAGCCCACCAAACCAGCCCUCAAAUCAGAGGAGAAGACACCAGUAAAAAAACCAGGGGAUGGAAGAAAAGUAACCUUUUUUGAACCUGGCUCUGGGGAUGAAAAUGGGACUAGCAAUAAAGACGAUGAGUUUAGGAUGCCCUACCUUAGCCAUCAGCAGCUGCCCGCUGGGAUUCUGCCCAUGGUGCCCGAGGUGGCCCAGGCCGUAGGAGUCAGUCAAGGACACCACACCAAAGAUUUCACCAGGGCAGCUCUGAAUCCUGCCAAGGCCACGGUAACUGCCAUGAUAGCCCGUGAAUUGUUAUAUGGGGGCACCUCGCCCACGGCCGAGACCAUUUUAAAGAGUAACAUCUCUUCAGGCCACGUACCCCAUGGACCUCUUACAAGACCCUCUGAGCAGUUGGAUUUUCUUUCCAGAGUCCAGGGAUUACAGGUUGAAUACAAAGACUUCCCCAAAAACAACAAGAACGAAUUUGUGUCUCUAAUCAAUUGCUCCUCUCAGCCACCUCUGAUCAGCCACGGGAUUGGAAAGGAUGUGGAGUCCUGCCAUGACAUGGCUGCACUGAAUAUUUUAAAGUUGCUGUCUGAGUUGGACCAACAAAGCACAGAGAUGCCAAGAACAGGAAAUGGACCAAUGUCUGUGUGUGGGAGGUGCUGAACCUUUUCUGGCCACGAACCGUUGUAAAACCCCAACAUAUAUACUGAAAAUACUGAAACUGCUUCAAGAAUUUGGAAUCUCUGAUACCUCCAGUGGGCUGAGAGACGUGCUGGGUAAAGCAGAGGCGGCAGUGGUGACGAAGACGGGGACGCAGGGAGGCGGAGUGGCUACACGUGCACGGUGUUUUGUCCCCACACGCAGGCAGCUGCUUGCUGCGGGGCACAGCGGGGCCUGUCAAGUGGCCCUGGCUUGACCGGGAAAGCAGCAGGCUCGGUGCUCGGCCGCCGCCGCCACUUGGGCCGUUAAGGACACAGGAGGAAGAGCGCGUGACCCUUUCUCAGACUGGCUCAUACCGACACUCGGGACGAAGCCUGGCCGCCCACGCCGGGGACAUAGGGGCCUUAGACCAGCCCCAGAGCUGAGAGCACCAGAGAAAAUCACAUGCUUCCUACUCAGCGCCAACUAACCGUUCUAGCGCGCUGCACCCCACCUCGCGGUGCCCACACCGUCACCACUGCUUUCUCUUCCAACAGAUGCGUAUUCUUAGUUUUCUUUUCUUUUGAUUGAAACGACACUAUAUACGUUCUCCUUUGAGAGUUUCUCAGUUGUAUCUAGUUCCAUACAUAGCACAGUUUAGAAACGUGUCCGAGACUGACCCUGUCGGAAACCUAAUCAGCAGAGAUCAUAUCCGUGUGUAUGUGGUUCUACGUUUCUACUUUGUCAGACUAAGCCAGGACCGUCCCAGUGACACGGACGGGGUGCCGUCUGGUUCCGCUGGAACGAUCCUGGGCUUCUCGGCGUCCUAGAUGAAGUCUCCCCUGGUUGUAUAAAUUGGACAGUUUAGGAGUUUUAAACUUUAAUGAUCAUUUGGUUCCUUAUUUUUGUUAAUGCAACAGGACUUAAACAAAUGAAUUUUGAUCUUUGUUUUAAAGAUUAUUAAAAAAAAUUGUAUGUCUAUACCUACGGCUCUUGAGGACACAUAGCUUUCACACUACAGGAUAUGGUCUCCGUGUAUUACAUCUAGACCCACAGAUGGGUUUUCCUGGAGUGCUUUGUACUGCUGUUACAUCUCCAUGUAGGGCAGAAAAGAAUGGCCUGUGUUGAGCUCCGAAACUGUUGCUUUUGAUGUUGUGUUACUGCGCACGGAAGCGUGUGUGGUAAGGUCCUGCAUAUGGUCCAGAUGAAAAGCACCGUAGUCUUGCGAGUUAAGUACUGCUUUCGAUUCCGAUGUUUACGCUGGAAUUUUUUCUCCCCAUGGAAUGUAAGUAAAACAUACAUAGUGUUUGUCACCAAUAAAUGGUAAUACUAAAUUUUUUUUGUUAAUUUAUUCUUAAAUGCCACUACUGUGAGGUUGGUCCCCUCCCAACCUGCCUCCUACCUUUUUUUUUUUUUUUUAAAAAAACAAAACUUUGUAAUUCUUGUGAUUCUAUUUGGACAAAAUUCUGAAGAUCUGAAAUAACUUUAUAUCAAACCAUUGAUCAAUAAACAGCUACUAAUGAA